AUGCGACGUCUUGGCUCGGUCCAGCAGAAGGUGUCAUGUGUUUUUAUGACGGAAGUCAAGGAAGAGCCGUCUAAAAAACGUGACUACCAACCAUUUCAUGUGGUUGCCACAGCCAUCUUGAACCCUGCUGUGCUAGAAGCUGACAUCAGCUCCGCACUGGCCACGGAGAAACUGGAUGGCACCUGCUGCUACGUUACACACUACAAAGGAAAACCACAUCUUUGGGCCCGACUGGAUAGGAAAGCCAACAAACAGGCAGAGAAGCGAUUCAAGAAAUAUCAGUACACUCACAGGAGCUCCAAAGGUUUCAAGUGGAUCGUAGAGGACGACUUUAAGCCAGUGCCUGACACGUGGAUCCCGGCGCAUCAAGUUAAACAUCACAACGGUCAUCCCGUACCCGACGAACACGGACACAUUCCAGGUUGGGUUCCGGUGGAAGAUGGCAACAAACAAUAUUGCUGGCACUCGUCUGUGGUGGAUUACAGCGCAGGGACUGCGCUGAUUCUCCGUCCCACCGCCAACAAUGACUACGACACAUUGGAAAUUGCUGCUGUGCCAUUGAACGAUCUCCAGGAACAAACUCUGGAACUGAUUGGGACCAACAUCAACGGAAACCCUUAUGGGUUAGGGAGCAAAAAGCAGCCUGUCCAUCUUCUGGUGUCUCACGGGAGCAUCCACAUCCGGAACUUGCCACUAGUGGACUUCCAGCAGCUGUACUCAUGGUUCUGCAAUAGCGACGAAGGCCUUGUGGAGGGUAUUGUUUGGCACUGCGGCAACGGCUCGCUCUUCAAGGUUCAUCGCCAUCACCUGGGCCUGGAGUGGCCAGCCGAGGGCACUCACCUGGGCAACAAGUCCACCUUUGUACAUAUGAGUGGGUCAGCGGUUGCGGCGGGCGAUUGCAGCAAGAGCCUGUUUGCAUCAUUUUGCCGUCUCAAUGGACACCAUUUCAGCCGCCUGCGUGACAUCCACUUUGACUUGUGA